UUGAUUUUUUUUUCGGCACCAAAUACGAACGAAAACGAAAUCCCUAGAAAGCUUUUCCCACCCAAAAUUUUCCGUCAUUUUCCCUCUCUCUCUCUGUGUUUAUCUCCAUCUCUCUGGGACAUUUUCCUCAUGAAAUGGGAAAUGGAGAUUGACGAAAUCGAGGGAGUCCUUGAGAAGAUCUGGGACCUACACUACAAGCUCAGCGACGCCAUUCACUCGAUUUCUCGAGCUCACUUCCUCAACUCCAUCAAAGCUCAGAGGAGGUCCGACAAGAGGAAGCCGACCGGAAACGACGCCGUUUCCGACCAGAAUCGCGGAGGAUUCGUCUUUGUCAAGGACUUCCGCGUUGACGCCGAUGACGAUUCGGCGAUUCAGGAAGCCAAGAGCCUCAAUGCGAUUCGGACCGCGCUCGAGAACCUCGAGGAUCAGCUGGAAAUUUUCCAUACUCUACAGGUGCAGCAACGAGCUGAGAGAGAUGCUGCAAUCGCAAGGUUAGAGCAAAGCCGAAUUGUUCUUGCAAUGAGACUGGCUGAACACCAGGGGAAGAAGUACAAAGUUAUUGAAGAAGCUCUAGCUUUUGUGGGAGAUGUUCAAGAGGCUAAUCAGUUUGUUUCUCCUGAAAAACUUUACACUUCCCCACUCAGUUCAUCUGGUGACAACUUGGCGACCUGCGAAGGAAAAAGGCCAAAUAUCUUGUGCAAUGUUCUAGUAUCAAGUUUAAAUUUUGCAAGGAAAACCCUUAAAUUGGACAUUUUGGGUGGUGUUUUGGGCAAUGCUGCUUUGGUCGCGAUUAGCAUGGUUGCAUUGCUGCAUAUGCAUCAAGUGGCGCACACGGAUCACCAACAAAGGCAUGAGGACAAUGUCUUCUCGAACAGAAGAGUGCGGAAGGCACCCCGGCUUCAGGAGUCCUCAUCCGAUGACCAUUUGAGUAACUUGGAUGUACUAUUGGCUAGGGGUUAGUGUGAAGUUUGUAAUUUCUUUGGUCUUUUGACGGAACAAUAGCAGGCCAUUCAGCUCUUAUAAUUGAAAAGCUUUGUUUGUCGGUAUUACUUGCCACGAGAGUUAAAAAGGGUCUGUCAUAUAGUUUGUGAUCCUUUAGGAUUUUCCCCAUUGGAACUCGGAGUUGAGGUCCAAAUUAUCAUUCUAUGUGGUCUCUGUUUCUGUUUCAUCUUAGCCCUCAAUUCUUGGGAGAGUUAAAAAGUCUGGUCUACUAUGCCAUCCUAUUGGGUUCUUUCUUUCUUUUUUUUUCAACCAUUUCAAGUGAUCCCAUCAGUUUUCUCCAUCUUAUGUAAAGUCUAUUGACCUCUUUUCAUUCGUCACUUGAAGCUUAAUCUGUAUAUGACAAGCAAGCCCUGAUGUUGUCUUCGUGUCAGUAUGUGAAUGCCUACCUAUCUUCACUUUUUAA